UUUUCCUUCUUUCAAUCAUCAUAGACUUAUACAGAGCAAAAUGUCUCCUUCGAUACCCGACGAAUCGCAAGAACAGCCUGAGCCAUAUCUAGAUCAGCAUCUGCUGAGAACAGAAACAAGAGAAAGUUUGCGCAACCUAGGAAUAUCAGAGAAGGCACCUCCUACCGAUAUCAAUUAUCCAGAGGCCGGACGUCAUGGAGACCCUGUCUUCCCCGAGGAAUAUGUUCUCGAGACAAACACUGGUCUCGUGCCGCAGCGAACCGUAGAACAGAUGCGAUCCCGCGCCUCACGAACGAGUACCCCCAAUGAGUCGAGCGAAAGCGACGUCGAAAAGGGCAAACCUGACCCAGCCGAGUUUGUGACAUUUACGAUCGGCGACCCUGAAAAUCCCUACAAUUGGUCUCGAGUGUAUCGAUGGUACAUAACGAUGGUUGCUUCGGCCCUUGUGGUCUGCAUUGCCUACGGUUCAUCCAUCGUGACCGGUGGACUGGGUCUAAUCCAGGAAAAAUACAAUGUCUCGCUCGAGGUUGCAAUCUUAACCUGCUCUAUCAUGGUCUGUGGAUUCGCAGUCGGCCCUCUCCUCUGGUCGCCCCUGUCCGAAAUCAUCGGUCGACGACCAGUAUACAUCAUCUCGUUAGCGCUUUACGUGAUCUUCAACAUCCCCUGCGCAUUGUCCCCUAAUAUCGGCGGUGUCCUCGUCUGUCGCUUCCUCUGUGGCGUCUUCUCCAGUUCCGGCUUGUCCCUCGCUGGCGGCACUAUCGCCGACAUCUGGAGCAUUGAAGAACGAGGCAUGGCCAUUGCCUACUUCGCCGCCGCACCCUACUGCGGCCCCGUCGUAGGCCCCAUCGUUACCGGCUGGAUCAACGUCGGCACAGGGCGUCUUGACCUAUUCUACUACGUCAACAUCGCCUUCUCCGGCCUGAUCCUCAUCCUAGUCGGCCUCGUCCCCGAGACCUACGCGCCCGUCAUCCUCAAACGCCGCGCCGCCUCCCUCCGCAAAUCCACCGGAAACGAAAACAUCAUCACCGAACAGGAGCAGAACAAGCCCAGCCUCGCCGACAUCGCACGCACAAACCUCAUCCGCCCCAUCAGCAUGAUCAUGACUGAGCCCGUCCUCGACCUCAUGUGCAUGUACAUCGUGCUGAUCUACUCCAUGCUCUACGCCUUCUUCUUCGCCUACCCCGUCAUCUUCGGAAAGCUCUACGGCUACAACGACGGCCAGAUCGGCCUCAUGUUCAUCCCCAUCCUCAUAGGCGCGGGCUUCUCCCUCCUCCUCACCCCCGUCAUCGAGAAGCAGUUCAAAAAUACCUGUAAAUCCCGCGCCCCUACACCCGAAGACAGACUCAUCGGAGCACUGAUCGGCGCGCCUUUCAUCCCCAUCGCGUUCUUUCUCCUCGGCGCGACCUCCUUCAAGCAUAUUAUUUGGGUUGGGCCUGCGUCGUCGGGAAUCGCGUUCGGGUUCGGCAUGGUGCUUUGCUACUACGCGGUCAAUAAUUAUAUCAUCGACUCGUACCAGAAGUAUGCGGCUUCUGCGCUCGCCGCGAAGGUCUUCCUGAGAAGUGGAGGCGGAGCAGCAUUUCCGCUGUUCACGACGCAGAUGUAUGAUCGGUUGGGGCUGCAGUGGGCAUCGUGGUUGUUGGCGUUUAUUGGGGUGGCGAUGGUGUUUAUUCCGUAUGUGUUUUAUUGGUUUGGUGGGAGGUUGAGGGCCAGGUUGACGAAGGAUUAAAGGUCGUUGAUGCUGAGUGAGGGCAUGGGAAGGAGACCUGGUGAAUAGUGAUGGGGAGGGAGGAAAAGUUCGGCUGGAUAUGAUGAUUAAAAAACAUGGAU